AUGGGUCUCAAAGGAUUCGCUGAAGGAGGAAUCGCAUCAAUCGUAGCGGGUUGUUCGACCCACCCGCUUGAUCUACUCAAGGUCCGAAUGCAGCUUCAAGGCGAAUCAUCCUCAAUCCAGCCGAAUCUCCGUCCGGCGCUCGCUUUCCAGACUUCCUCCUCCGUCCACGCGCCUCCUCCGCGCGUGGGUAUAAUCGGAGUCGGAUCUCAAAUCAUCAAAAAGGAAGGUACGCGUGCUCUGUUCUCCGGCGUCUCCGCCACCGUUCUCCGUCAAACUCUCUACUCGACGACUCGUAUGGGUUUAUACGACAUUCUCAAAACCAAAUGGACCGACCCGGAAACAAAGUCGAUUCCUUUAACCCGAAAACUCGCCGCCGGAUUCAUCGCCGGAGGAAUCGGAGCCGCCGUGGGUAACCCGGCUGAUGUAGCGAUGGUGCGAAUGCAAGCCGACGGUCGUCUUCCGCUGGUCGAUCGGAGAAACUACAAGAGCGUUUUGGACGCGAUCGGGCAAAUGGUUCGCGGCGAGGGCGUUACGUCUCUGUGGAGAGGUUCGUCGAUGACGAUAAACAGAGCGAUGCUCGUGACGGCGUCGCAGCUGGCGACGUACGAUUCGGUGAAAGAGACGAUUUUGGAGAAACGGUUGAUGAAGGACGGGCUUGCGACUCACGUGACGGCGAGUUUCGCGGCGGGGUUUGUGGCGUCUGUUGCGUCGAACCCGGUGGAUGUGAUCAAGACGAGAGUGAUGAACAUGAAGGUGCAGGCUGGAGUCGCGCCGCCGUAUAAAGGAGCGGUUGAUUGUGCGUUGAAGACGGUGAAAGCGGAAGGGAUCAUGGCUUUGUACAAAGGGUUUGUGCCGACGGUUUCGAGACAAGCUCCGUUCACGGUGAUCAUGUUUGUGACACUUGAGCAAGUUCGUAAGGUGUUGAAAGACUUUGACUUUUGA